UGCAAGGCACUUCCAGAUCUGCUAAGUUGUGCAUUAUAGAGUACUUGCACUUCAUGGGAAAGAACUGUGUUGCAGAGCCGUGUUGCAUUUCAGACCCUGCAGCCUCCCUCCGAGAUCUUCAUUCCGGGGACAGCACACAUCUUGGGGGACACAGGACACUGGACUACAGGGCUAGGUGCUCCUUCAUCAUGAGGCUCUCUUUCAACAUCCUCUUUAUCGGAUUCCUGCUGGCUGAACAGUGGCAAAUCUCGGGAGGACAAUAUAACUCAAAACCUUCCAUCUCAAAAGGCCCCAUAAAUGUCAACCAGGGGGGAGAUAUCUUCUUGGAGUGCAAAAGUGACUACCUUCAAUCUGCACGACACUUUCUGUACAAAGGAGAUUCAGACCGUUCUGCUUCAGCAACUCAGAAAACAGAGGCUGAUGCAGUUUUAUUUCACAUUUCCAAUGCCAUAGAAUCAGAUGGCGGAAUCUACCGAUGUAAAUAUUGCCACGAGGCAAAUGCAAAUUUAAAGUGCUCAAAUCUCAGUGAUGGUGUCCAAGUCAACAUAAAAGGGACAGCUUAUCCCAAGCCUUCCAUCUCGGUGAGCCCAACUGAUGCAGAAAUAGCACAAAAUAACUUUUGGGAAAAGGGAGAGAAUAUGAAACCAUCAGGUGGACAUUCAAUAGCCAUGUGGGCAGGCAUUGCUGCUGGCGUUUCCCUUCUGGUCCUCCUCCUGCUGUUACUUGCCUUCACAUUGUCCAAGAAAAGGGAAAAGGGUUCCACAGCCAAUGAGCAAGCUCAACAAGUGAACAUACCCUUGCAGUCUGAGCCUGAAGAAGACGCUGAUGGAGUUUCCUAUGCUGUACUGAGCCACAGUUCAUUGAAAACCAAACCAGCACCCGAUGCGGAUGGGAUGCCUGAGUCCUGUACUUAUGCAACAGUGGCCAAAGGCAGAACCAAGGAGGGCCAAUAGGCAAGACGUCACAAAGGAAUGCAGCCCUCAGACUGAGAAAGGAGUCCCUAACCCUGCCUGUACAUCUUCCCUCCCUAAUGGAGACUCAUUGAGAGCCAAAGACUCGGAAGGAAGGAAGGAAGGAAGGAAGGAAGGAAGGAAGGAAGGAAGGAAGGAAGGAAGGAAGGAAGGAAGGAAUAACCAAUAACCAGCUGCCUUAAAGGAACAGUAACGUUAGGAAUAGCCUACCCUUGUAAAUACAUUUGCCCCAAUAUAAUCACAUAAUGCUUUUAAGAUGUCUCAAAUUGUUUUACUAUAAUGUAUUACUUUGUUGCAUUUUAUUCAUGACUAUUUUGUAUUCAUGAGAAUGAAAAGUGGUCUAGAAACAUUUUAAAUAAAUC